UCUAUCACAGGCCAUGUCCCAGCAGAGGAAGUGUUCUGCGCGCUGCUGCCGCUAGAUGGCGACAGCUGGGAAGUUGUACACGCGUGUGUUCCCCCAACAGCAAAACAAUGAGAGCGAUCGUGCAGAGGGUUACCAAGGCGACUGUGACAGUGGGAGAGGAGGAGGUCAGCUCGAUAGGCCGAGGACUGUGUGUCCUGCUGGGUGUGUCUGUGGAGGACACCCAGAAGGAUGCUGACUACAUAGUACGCAAGAUCCUGAACCUGCGGCUGUUUGAAGAUGAGAACGGGCGAGCCUGGAGCAAAAGCGUCAUGGACCGGGACUUUGAGGUGCUGUGUGUGAGCCAGUUCACUCUGCAGUGUAUACUGAAGGGCAACAAGCCAGACUUCCACUCAGCCAUGCCUGCAGAGCUGGCCCAGCCCUUCUACAACAGCAUCCUGGAGAACUUGAGGAGCGCCUACAAGCCAGAGCUCAUCAAGGACGGGAAGUUUGGAGCCUACAUGCAGGUCAACAUACAAAAUGAUGGACCUGUUACCAUUGAACUGACUUCACCUGCUGGUCCCAAAGACGCCAAACUGCUGUCAAAGCAGGAGAAGCAGCAGCAGAGGAAAGAGAAGACGCGCUCCAAGGGCCCCUCAGAGUCAGGCAGGGAGAAGAGCGCCCUACGUUCCCGACAGGACCCGAACGCCAGUAGUGGAGCAGAGGGCGACGUGUCCUCAGAGAGGGAGCCCUAGGUGAGCAGGUUAUCGUACCGGGGACAUGACGGUGAACCCAGUGUCCUCAGGAAGGCCUUAAUCCUCAGUGACUUACACCUGAUUGUGGACCGUCCUCCUUCCUCUUUGGAAAUCAGCAGAAUUCUUUUGACCUGUUACAGUACAUCGUCCCCUCGCUGGUGUCCUUGGUCUCUCGUCUUGGGGAUCAGAUAAGGCCGGCUAGGUAUAAACACAGGAACAAAGAGGAUGUGAGAGAUAGAACAAGGGUUCAUAGAGAGGGAACAUGGGUGAUAUGGGAUGGAACAGACCUCAACAGAACUACAUUGUGUGGCUCAGUUGCAUUCUGUGCUCUCCUUCUGUCUCUUUCCUUCUGCUUUUAAGUCCACAUUUCUUUCUCUAUCUGUCUUUCUCUGUCCAUCUUUCUCCUCAGACUCUUCCUACUUGUCUCACUCUCAGCCGGCUGUCCCCACCUAAUCUCUGCUUAGGGAUAUGGCACUGACCCUGAAGCAUAGCUCGGCUCCAAGUCCUUGGCUUAGAGUACAUCAAAAGGUCAUUAGGACAGUGAUAAUGUAACAGCCUUGCCAUAUUGAUUGAAGCAUUGACUGGCAUAGCUAUAUGUGUAAAAUCGAUUUUAAAAGGUUAUUGUACCUGUAUUAACAAACUAUGUUUUAAGGUCCACUGGAAACGGCUCCUGCACAUGUUGGCUCUGUAAACUACAUGCUCUGUUCUGUCUUUUGAAAGAAACAUCUGUGGGUGAACAGGACAAAUGUUUUAUUGUUAGACACAUAGACUGUAUAUAUAAAGGGACAAUGUCUCCACUUGGUACCACUAGAAGCCAUAAUAUCCUGGAUAUGAACAUUGCACUCUAAUGCCGAUGGCAUCAUUUGAAGCCAGGUGGAGUUGCGGUAUUGAAGUCCUGCUUAUACACAUGCUCGACCAAUCACGACAUGUUAGACCACGUUUUUGUAGCAUUAAGGAACAGAUUAAAAGUUUAAAACUUGUCCGAAAAAUUUGCACUUGGACAUGCUUUUGAGUGAUCAGAACUACUUAAAAUGACAGAAACCAUCUUUAGGAAAAUUGUAUUUGACAUGUACUUUGUCUGUUUAUUUUGGUCCACGUCCCAUCCACUAACAUGGAGGAGGUAGGGGUAAUGACCUAUACUGCAGCCAGCCAGCCACCAGGGGGUGAUCAAGGAACUUUGGCUUCAGUUUUGGGGGAGCGGUCAUGUCUUCAAUCUUUAUAUACAGUCUAUGGUUAGAUACAGCACAACAAGCAAAAAGCUUUCAACACCAACCCACAUUAGCUUUCUAACUAAUGUCUCCUUCUCGUCCUACAAGCAUGGGCACUUGUCUUUUGUUUUACCUUACCUUGCUAAGUUAGUUAACAAACACCAGGACAGUGCACUGCUAAAAUUAAUUUGCAGGCUAGUAAGAUAGCCUAAUAGCUUAAAAACUAACAGCAGACAUCAGCAUCAGAUAAGUUAGAUGCUAACGGGUGUGUCCUCGCUUGUUAAUGACAGUAACUAGGCCAAAUUUGUUUACCAUGGUUGUUAGUACACUGGCUCAGCUGUCAGUCAAACCUGCACAUCCAGAAGCCCAAAGGCUAAACGAGAAUUUUUCAUCCCCAAACACAUAUUUUUCCUUUCUAGAAUAAAAAUAUAUAGGCAAUACAUUAUUAAUUGUUGACUCCAAAAGCUAAACUACUAAUCACAAAUUGUGAUUUCAGUUAACGUUAUCUGUGUGCCCACUCAGGAAAUGAUUGUUUUGACUGCAGGGAGGGACAGUGACAGGUCAAGCAGCUGAGUGACUGUGAGUGAGUUUGUCUCGAUCACCUGUAUUCUACCUGUGGAGAGGAGCCAGCCGUGCUUCACAUUCAGUGAGCCUGUGUGACUGGGCAGACACACGAACACAUCAUCCAGUGUUUGCUACUGUAAUGUUUGUGCUUGUUAUGCUGUCCUGCUGUCACUCGACAGAUCUGAAUGUACAUUUUAUUAUUUUAUAAAGACAUCAAUAGACCAAA